CGGCGUUGGUGGAGAGCUGAGGUGGAGGCAGGCUGCGGCAGCUACGGCGACGGUGGCGGCGGCGGCGGCGCCAUGGCAGGGCUCGCAGGAUCCCUGCUGCCUUGGUGAUCCCGGGCUGACAGCCAGAGAGCACAGCGGCUCAGCUCCUGGAGAGAGGGUUGAAGAAAGCGGAGGGCAGCCGCCUGCGCCCGCUGGCUCCCAUUAGGUCGGUUCCUGCAGCGGUGCCCGGCAGCCUUGGCGAAGGCCCUGCCCAGCAGAGAUCAUGUAUUGCCUCCAGUGGCUGCUGCCCGUCCUCCUCAUCCCCAAGCCCCUCAACCCCGCCCUGUGGUUCAGCCACUCCAUGUUCAUGGGCUUCUACCUGCUCAGCUUCCUCCUGGAGCGGAAGCCUUGCACAAUUUGUGCCUUGGUUUUCCUGGCAGCUCUGUUCCUCAUCUGCUAUAGCUGCUGGGGAAACUGUUUCCUGUACCACUGCUCGGAUUCCCCGCUUCCAGAAUCAGCACACGACCCUGGUGUUGUGGGCACCUAACAGCUGCCCUGUUAGCUUUCUACGGAAGCAGAAGACGGGAGGGGAGGCAUUGACAUAGGUCAUAAAGCAUUGGAGUUUCAAAUCCCGCAGCCCCGCGGGUGCCACAUUCCUGACGGCGCCUUUUUGGCCUGUGAUGUUUUAUCCUUAUAAUGUGAAUAAUGGCACUGACCUGUGCUUUUAUUGUAGAGUCCUAUAGUCAUGGGUGGUCUUGUGAUUGUGUGUGUUCUGUCCCCAUCUGGGUCCCGGCUGGCAGGAUGGCCACUCCCCUCGCCUCAUUACAGCGAGGAGUCUACAUCCAUCCUAGUCAACUGCCCUGGGCAGAUAAAAUGCCAGUCUCCUUGUCACCUCUGUGACCCCUCCUUGUCAGGGUCUCUCUCCUUCCCAGAAUGUUACUGACACCUCAGUCCUUCUCCUGUUUUCCCUUUAGUUCUCUUCUACCCUUUCCUUUUUUUGGGAGCACCUGUUCAAAACAGGGCUCAUUUUUGCACUUAUCUCGAAUUUGAAGAGAUUGCUGAUGCCCGAGAGCCUCGCUUUUUCAUCCUCCUUCCCCUUUUCAGCAGGCUAGACAGAAACAUGUCUUGACUGUUCAUUGUCCACAAACCUCCAGUGUUUCCUCUGCUUCAUUUUUAAGAGAGAAGCAACAGAUAGAGGUUGUUCUUUCACCUGAGUGUCUGGGCUCCGGCUCCCCAGCCCAGCCUCGCUUCCUUUGCCCUUCCUUCCUGCCUUUCUCAGCAUCCUGAGAGGGGGCCUCCUGUGUCUCCUGUGCAUGCUCUGCAGGAUGGAGGUAUGGUGUGUUUGUGUAGAGCUAGUGGUCCCCUGCUGAGUGAAUGGGAACAUUCUUUUGUGUUUCAUAGCAGCCGUGAUCCCCUUGAUAGGUGUUUGGAUAUUUUUCAGUGUGCCCUGUGUGUGUGUGUGUGUGUGUGUGUGUGUGUGUAUGUAUGUGCAAAUGUGUGUAUUCCUUUUAAAGAAGCUUUACCGAACGUGUUCUGAUUUUGAGGUUUAGCAGUAGCUAGCUGUAUGUAGUAGGUACCGCUGCAGUUUUUAUUUAGCAUGGGGAUUGCAGAGUGACCAGCACACUGGACUCCAAGGUGAUUCAUACAAGACACAGGGGAGCAGUGGCCAUCGUCCUCCCGCCAGGAGCUUCUUCGUUCCUGCGCAAGUAGACUGUACGUUAUGAAGAACACACAGGAAGACUUUGUGACUGUCACUUGCUUUUUUCUUUCUCUGCACUUCAGUAACAAGUGUUGGCAAACGAGACUUUCUCCUGGCCCCUGCCCACUGGGGAUCAGCAUGGUUGUCCUUCGAGUCGGAACCAUUCCUCUCUCUUGCCUGAGGAGGGAGGGAAGCAGGCCAGGCAGAGGACAGAACUGGAGGCAGUCCAUCUAGGGAAUGGGACUGUGAGGCCACACUUGUGAAACAUUUGGACUGCUGUUGUAGAGCUUUUAUUUCUGGUGUGUUCGUUGCACAGCUGUUUGAAAUGUUUAAUAAAGCUUUAUAAACUUUA